CGUCGUCAUCAUUAUCAGGUUGAGAGAGAGGGGGAGGUCCGGAGGGCAGGCCAUUAUCGUCGUCCACACAGGACCGACACCAGAGAGCGAGAGAGAGACAGGAUGGCAUGCUCGUCAGUAGGAGGUCCCAUUUCAUCUUCCCUCCUCCACGGUCUCUACAACAAACUCUCUGUCACCUUUCCUUCCCAGGCUCACUGCAGCAGGCCCUUCAGCGGGUGCUUCGCCACCAAGCUCAGAUUCCCUUGCGUUAGUCUUCCUUCCCACCACCAUCGCUGUCUCCCUUUGGUAACGCGUGCGGAGUCGUCACUCAAUGGGUCAGACCCAGCAGCCAGCAACGGCGAAUACGAUUUUGACCUCUUCACCAUCGGCGCCGGGAGCGGCGGCGUACGGGCUUCGCGUUUCGCCGCCGCCAACUAUGGGGUGUCUGUCGCCGUCUGCGAGCUCCCUUUCUCGACUUUAUCCUCCGAUAACGAAGGGGGCGUCGGUGGAACUUGUGUGCUACGCGGAUGUGUCCCAAAGAAACUUCUUGUGUAUUCAUCUAAGUAUGCUCAUGAUUUUGAAGAGAGCCGAGGUUAUGGAUGGAAGUACGAGUCUGAUCCUGUUCAUGAUUGGAGCACCAUGAUAGCUAACAAGAAUGCUGAACUACAACGACUUACAGGAGUGUACAAGAAUAUUUUGAAAAAUGCUGGUGUAGCACUCUUUGAGGGUCGAGGAAAGGUCGUAGGCCCACAUAUGGUUGAUGUGAAUGGGAAAUUAUAUACUGCAAAGCAUAUACUUAUUUCAGUUGGUGGACGACCUUUUAUGCCUGAUAUCCCUGGAAUUGAGCAUGCCAUUGAUUCUGAUGCCGCUCUAGAUUUGCCAUCAAAACCAGGAAAAAUUGCAAUAGUAGGUGGUGGAUAUAUUGCUUUGGAGUUUGCUGGCAUUUUCAAUGGAUUAAAAAGCGAAGUCCAUGUUUUCAUUCGGCAGAAAAAGGUUCUAAGGGGCUUUGAUGAUGAGAUCAGAGAGUUUGUUGCAGAGCAGAUGUCUGUAAGAGGAAUUGAGUUUCAUGCUGAGGAGUCCCCACAAGCCAUUACAAAACUUGCAGAUGGUUCACUAACACUGAAAACAAACAAACACACAUAUGAAGGUUUCUCGCAUAUCAUGUUUGCCACUGGUAGAAGACCAAAUACAAGGAAUUUGGGCCUGGAGGAAGUUGGCGUGAAAAUGACAAGCAAUGGAGCAAUAGUGGUUGAUCAAUUUUCUAGGACAUCAGUUGAUUCCAUUUGGGCUGUCGGUGAUGUCACUAAUAGAAUGAAUUUAACCCCAGUUGCACUGAUGGAGGGCAGUGCAUUUGCGAAAACUAUAUUUGGAAACAAACCAACAAAACCAGAUUACAGAGCGGCACCAUCUGCUGUGUUUUCUCAACCUCCUAUUGGAGCAGUUGGACUUACUGAAGAACAGGCAAUUACAGAAUAUGGAGAUGUUGAUGUAUACACAGCCAAUUUCAAGCCUUUGAAAGCCACUCUUUCUGGUCUUCCUGAUCGAGUUCUCAUGAAAAUUCUUGUUGAUGUGAAAACAAACAAAGUAGUGGGGGUGCAUAUGUGUGGAGAGGAUUCUCCAGAGAUCUUACAGGGAGUUGCUGUUGCUGUUAAAGCGGGUCUAACAAAGGCAGAUUUUGAUGCCACUGUUGGUAUUCACCCUACAGCAGCAGAAGAGCUUGUUACAAUGAGGAGUCCAACUCGGAAAAUUAGAAGGGUAGCUCCUACACCUGAGAGGGCUGCUGAUGAUACGUUAAAAGCUACUGCAGCACCUUGAACGUUGAAGCUGGAAUCCAUCCGUCAGCAAAAGUAAAAAGUACAUGAAGAUGUGUAUACUCUGUAGGCUCUCUCAGGUUUUUCUCAUCAAUGCUUCGUCCCUGGAAGGUGAUAUACUGCUGCAAGAAGCCAUGAAUAAAGAUUUGAAUCAAACAUCCUCCAGAUAUAUCAUUAAGUAUAGGGAGUUCCAUCUUACAUUUACGCUUUUCGUUACCUUUUAUUGUGUGCCUUUCAAUAGAUUCUCUUAAUGUAUAACUACCAUCUGAUAAAUAAGCUCUACCUGAUUUUGGUUUUA